AUGAGUGGAACAAACAAUAGCAGUGGAUUUUCACCAUCAUCAUCACCUGGAUCUAAAAAGAGUAUUUCAGCACCAAAAAAUGUAGAAUGGAGUUCUUUAGGUAGAAAAGUAGGAGUUGCCAAAACUUCAAUGCUUCAAAAAAUGGGAAAAGUUGAAACCACUCAAUCCAAUCCUCAACUUGUAAUUGAUAAUAUGAAAGUUAAAGUAUUAAAAGCAUUAUAUGAUGAGACCAUUAGAUUAUCAAAGAAAAUGGUUUCAAAAACUCAAAAAUACAUUACAUCAUCUACACCAUUACAAGAGUCAUUACAAGAAUUGGCAAAUUAUUAUACCAAUGAACAUUUCACUGGUAGAUCAAUUGAAAAUAUUUUGAAAAUUCAUUUUGAACUUGCUGCAUUUAGAGAAAAACAACAAACUUCAAUCACUAAUAGAUUUGUUUUACCAGCUGAAAAUUUUGUUCAUACAGUUUUAGGACCAUCAAGAGAUGCAAAAGGAAAAUUCCGUAAAUCAAGAUUGGAAUAUGAUUCAGCAUUAAGUAAAUUAAAGAUAGCUCAACAAGCAACAAAUAUUGAUUUAAGAAAUCUUUAUAUUUGUCAAUCACAUUUUGCAACCUAUAAACUUAGAUUUGCUCAUAGACAAUAUGAAGCUCAAGUGAGAUUAGCAGAUACAGUUCAAAGACAUGGUUUUGAAUAUUUGGUACAAUCAAUCAAUCUAUUGGCUACACUUCAUGAUCUUUACUCAAAUUCUUGUACUCAUUUAAAUGAGAAUGAACAAUCGAUUAAAGAGAUUAAAGAUUAUUCUGCAAAUCAAAAAAAGAUCUUUCAAGAUCAAAAACAAGAUCAUCAAUUAAAACUUUAUGAAUUAUCAAGAGAAAAAGAAGAAAAUAAAUAUAAUGAACUUGUUCAGAUAUUUUCAUCACCAGAUUUAGCAGUAGUAAAUGCAAUUUGUUUAUCAGCAGGUAGUGAUCAAGAAGCGAUUUUAGAAGAUUUGGUUAGAAUUUUAGAUGCACAUAAACAAACAUUACCAAUUAUUAAACUUGGUAUCACAAAAGAAGUACAAUCUACUUCAUCAGCACAAACUCUAUUUAGAGGUAAUAGUACUGCAACCAAAUUGAUGACAGCUUUCACCAGAAUGACUGGUAGACCCUAUUUGGUGGCAACUUUGAAACCAAUUGUUGAUAAACUAUUGAAAGAUUCUUCGGGUUAUGAAUUGGAUCCAGAGAAAACUUCAAAUACUGAAGGUAAUGUCGAGAGAUUAUCUCAAAUUUGUCAAGAGUUUUUAUAUGCAAUCUAUAAUUCACUCGAUUCUUGUCCACUACCUUUCAGAGAGAUGGCAAAUCAUCUUCAAAAAGAAGUGGUCAAAGUAUUCCCUGAAAGUAAACAUACUUCGGUUGGUGGUUUCAUUUUCCUUAGAUUCUUUUGUCCUUGUAUUCUCUCACCUGAUACUUGUGGUGUAUCAGAUUCUGCUUCUUUGACAAUGGAAGCCAGAAGAGCUCUCAUUCUCGUUAGUAAAACACUUCAAAAUGUUGCAAAUGGUAUCACCUUUGGUUCAAAAGAAACUUAUAUGAAGGAUAUGAAUGGUUUCUUAGAGAGUAAUAUGGAAGGUUGUAAAGAUUUUUUAGAUAGAAUUGCUGAAAUGCCAUCAAAUACUGAUUAUCAACCACUUUCAUCAAUUUCAGAGGUUAAAUCAAAUCAAUUACCAUCAAUUCAUAAAUUACUAAUUAAAAAUUUAGAGAAAAUAUUUAAAACUUUGAAUCAAUACCAACAAAGUUCUGUUACAUUCUCAUUGGUUAGUGCAUUAGGUAAACUAGGUGAUGUUUCAACCGAUUAG